CGCCGAGCAGGAUCUCCGGCUGGCGCUGGGCUCGGGUCAUGAUCGGGUCCCGCAGGAGCCACAUGUCCGUGCUGGAGCUGCUGCUGCUGCUCUGCAGCCUGCUGCGCUGCGGCUCCCUGGAGGGCUCACGCGCACACAUGCUAACGCUAACCUCCCCGCGCUCCCUCUUUCUGCGGCCGGCCGCAGCCCGACAGUGGCUUCGCUCGUCCGCCAGCAGGUGGCGCCGGGCCAACUCGCUCCUCCUGGAGGAGCUGCUGCCGGGGAACCUGGAGAGGGAGUGUUACGAGGAGGCGUGUUCCCAGGAGGAGGCGGCCGAGAUCUUCCAGACGCCAGAGAAGUCGCUGGAGUUCUGGUUCCGCUACACCAGUCCCGACCCCUGCAGGAGCGACCCGUGUCAGAACGGCGGCCUCUGCUCUCUGGAGCGGGGAAGCUUCGUGUGCCUGUGUCCGCCUCGCUUCCGCGGCAGGACCUGCGACUCCGACGCGCUGCAGUGCCGCUACCAGAACGGCGGAUGCAUGCAGUACUGCAGGGACCUUCCAGGGGGCGCCACGGUGCAGUGCGGCUGCGCCGACGGUUACACACUGGAGGCGGACGGUCGUCGCUGCGAGGCCACUGUGGCCUUUCCCUGUGGCCGCCAGCAGGUGGCAGCACUGCAGCCGGGACGCUCACGGGGAGGUCUCUUUGACGUCACCGGGGCCAACGUCACCUGGGCCAACGUCACCUGGACCGAGCCUCCAGCGCCAGUGAACAGUUCAGCUCUCGGUGGAAAUCACAGCGAGUGGGCGUGGCCAGAUGAGGCGACGCCACGCAUUGUGGGCGGGGCUCUGGAGAAGAGAGGGGGCAGCCCGUGGCAGGUCCUGAUCCGCAGGGCGGACGGCUACGGCUUCUGUGGCGGGACGCUGGUGUCGGACCGCUGGAUCGUCUCCGCUGCGCACUGCUUCCAGGAGGCUGCCGAUCACGUGACCAUCGGGGACCUGGACAAGCAGCGGCCGGACCCUGGAGAGCAGCUGAUCCAUGUCCAGCAGGUGGUGCUGCAUCCUCACUUCCACGCCUUCACCUUCGACAGCGACCUGGCCCUGGUGCUCCUGGCUCGGCCGGUGCUCUGGGGCCCCACCGCGGUGCCGGCGUGUCUGCCCGACCCGCACCUGUCCCGAUACUUGCUGAGGGAGGGGAACCGCGGCCUGGUCACCGGCUGGGGCGCCACCAGCUACAUGCGACGCUCGUCCCGCUUCCUCCGGCGCGUGGCGCUGCCGGUGGUCAGUCACCGGGACUGCAGCGGCUCCACGGAGCAGGUGAUCACAGACAACAUGUUCUGCGCCGGCUUCCUGCAGGCCGGCCGGGACUCCUGCAGCGGGGACAGCGGCGGGCCCUUCAUGGUCCACUACCGAGGCACCUGGUUCCUGACCGGCGUGGUCAGCUGGGGCGAGAGAUGCGCCGCGCCGGGCAAGUACGGCGUCUACACGCGGCUGGGGGGGAACUACCUGAGCUGGAUCGCCGACACCAUGGCGGCGCUGACCCCGGCCGGCCCCGCCCCCUCGCCAUAAAUCCACUGGAAACCCCACGUCUGCUCGAGGGUGUCUGUCUGAGCGCGGUGCUGGCGCUCCAGGACGACCACCACCACGCCGCGUCGCUCGCGAGAUUGGGUUUAUUUGACAAGCUCACGUGACAAAAGGGCGGCGCCACUAGAGGGCGUCCUGCGUCUGGUUGCGUAUCCAGUGGACGUAAUGGGCCACGCGCGUGUAGACCCCGUACACUCUGCGGCUGCCGCACUCCUCCGGUCCGGCCCAGGACACCAGCCCCAUCACGGCCCAGCCGCCCGCCUCCUCCAUCACAAAGGCCCCCCCGCUGUCGCCCAGGCACGUGUCCCGCCCCCCCUCCAGGAAGCCGGCGCAGAACAUGCCGUCGCUGAUGUUGUAGCUGCGCGAGCGCGAGGCGUAGCUGGCGCGACACUCCUCCUGCGCCACCACCGGCAGCUUGACGUACUGCAGCCGGCUCCCGCUGCCCGAGGCCGCAGACUGGGACAGGCCCCAGCCCGCCACCAGGCCCAGGGUGUCGGGGGGCGGCAGGUGGUGCGGCCGUGGCGCCGGCAGACAGACGGGCUGGACCGCGUCGCUCAGCGGCGCCGGCACGCGCAGCUUCAGCAGAGCCAGGUCGCUGUGGUAGUUGUCCGGCCGAAAGUCGGGAUGAAGAAGGAUCCGCUCCACCGGGACACUGGACCACGUGGCCUGGUCCUGGUAGUCCAGCAGACCCAGGUACACCUGCGCGCACACACACACACACGUGCGUUUGUCUCUCGCUCUAUCCCUGUGGGGACCAUCAACCCAAACACACGGCUGACCUGGACCUCAGUGCCAGUGAGUUUGAAGUCUUCACCCUCAAACUGAGGGUUGGACCUGUGGGGACCUUUUGCCGGUCCGCACAAAGACGUAAGGUCCCCAUGAGGCGGUAUAAACAAGCCCGGACA